UAUAUAUUCCCACCAUGGAUCAUCGCUGCUGCUGCCGCAGUUUGCAUACCCAUUGUAAUCUCAAUAAGUUAAUAACCCACUAUCACUAGCCAUCAAACCGUGUGGGCGCACGGGGUUUAGUAUAUACAAGAUGUCGUCCCGCUCUACCUCUGCCAUUGUCGCCAGGGUGGUGAGCGGGCACCACCUGCUCAAGAUCGACGGGUACUCGCAAACCAAGGUGGUCACCAAUGGUAGGCACAUCGAGUCUUGCAUCUUCCAUGUCGGAGGCCACGCCUGGCGCAUCAAGUAUUACCCCAACGGCCGAAGCUCAGAUAAUUCCAAUUGCAUAUCUGUCUUCAUUCAGCUUGCCAGUGUUAGCAUGGACUUGCCCUUCAAGCCUGACAAGGGCAUCUCAGCUCAAUGUGUGCUCGGUUUACUGGACCGGGCUGGGAAGCCUGUGCCAUCAUAUACCUUCACCUUCGACAGAAUUUUCACGGCCCCUGAAGGGCAGUGGGGCUUGAACAUAUUCCUCACAAGGUCAGAAUUGGAGAACUCAGGUUGCCUCAAGGACGACUGCUUCACUCUCAGGUGCGACAUCACUGUCACAGAGUUGCACGCCGAGGAAACAGAGGAUAGUGAUUUCACCGAUCUCCUGUGGAAGGAGGGGGCAGAUGUGGCCUUCCAUGUGGGCGGCGAGACAAUCGUCGCCCAUCAAUGGGUGCUGGCUGCCCGGUCUCCAAUCUUGAAGGCAGCAGCAGAAGCAGAGCUCCUUGGCAUGUCGGAAAGGGAGAAGAAGAAGACGCCCAUGGCCACCAUAAGGAUCGACGACAUGGAGGCAAAAGUGUUCAAGGCUUUGCUCCACUACAUAUACACCAAUGCAUUGCCUGAUGAGAUGGACAAGGGUGAUGAUGCAGCGACAGCAAUGGCGCAUGGAUUGCUUGAAGCAGCGGAUAGGUACAAGAUGGAGAGGCUGAAGAUGAUCUGCGAAGACAUGAUGUGCAAAUAUGUCUCCACGAGCACAGUGAUAACCACGCUGGUGUUAGCGGAGCAGCACCACUCCCAGAGGCUCAAGGCGGCAUGCAUCGACUUCCUCAUCUCCCCGAACAAUAUGAAAGUCGUCUUGGAAAAUGGCGGUUUCAAACAUUUACAGAGGAGCUGCCCCUCUGUUCUCAUGGACCUCGUAGAAAGGGCAAAAGCGGCCUGAGACUGGUAGAAGCAAAGGACACGGGGAUCAUGGUGAUUGUGGUACCAUUCUUCUAUUUAUCACUGCAGUGUUGGUCAAUGUAACAAGUACUACUGGUGACAAUCAACUAUGGUCCAUGCUAAUAAUA